AUGAAGCUGAGACCAAGUGAAGCUGUAUCGAGACCAAGUGAAGCUGUAUCGAGACCAAGCUGUAAGCUGUAUCUGUAUCAAGACCAAGUGAAGCUGUAUCGAGACCAAGUGAAGCUGUAUCGAGACCAAGUGAAGCUGUAUCGAGACUUAGUGAAGCUGUAUCGAGACCAAGUGAAGCUGUAUCGAGACCAAGUGAAGCUGUAUCGAGACCAAGUGAAGCUGUAUCGAGACCAAGUGAAGCUGUAUCGAGACCAAGUGAAGCUGUAUCGAGACCAAGUGAAGCUGUAUCGAGAAGUGAAGCUGUAUCGAGACCAAGUGAAGCUGUAUCGAGACCAAGUGAAGCUGUAUCGAGACCAAGUGAAGCUGUAUCGAGACCAAGUGAAGCUGUAUCGAGACCAAGUGAAGCUGGGACAGUUCGCCGUGGUCUACCACUGCCAACACAGAGUUACGGGGGAGGAAUACGCCGCCAAGUUCUCCUCUCGCUUGCGUCUGGGAGCUGACUGUACCUCGGACAUCCUUCACGAGGUGGCGGUGUGUGCCAUGUUGAGGCCAGCCCACAGGACGAUACAGCUACGAGACGUGUUCAGUACCGAGAGUGAACUGGUACUGGUCAUGGAGUAUGCGGCAGGGGGUGACCUACAGACCCUGCUGGACCAAGACAUGGUACCGUAUGAACGUGACGUCAUCAGCUUCACGCGACAGCUCCUUGAGGGACUGGUGUUUAUCCACGACCGUAACCUUGUUCAUCUAGACAUAAAGCCACAGAACUUGGUGUUAAUGGGAGAGUUUCCGGACUGCGCCGUCAAGUUGUGUGACUUUGAGAUCUCCAGAGUGUUGACGCCUGGUAGGGAGGUGCGUGAGAUACUGGGCACCCCGGACUAUGUUGCCCCUGAGAUCCUCCUCUAUGAGCCGAUCACCAAGAAGACUGACAUGUGGUCUCUGGGAGUGCUGACCUACGUGCUCCUGACGGGGUUCUUACCGUUCGGGGGCGACACAGACCAAGAGACGUUCCUGGAGAUCUCGCGGGGGGAGCUUGACUUCCCCGAGGAGCUCUUUGAAGACAUCUCUGCUGAGGCCAUUGACUUCAUCAAACGCCUACUAGUGAGGCAGCCAGAACGUCGCAUGAGCGUACGGGAGUGCCUCGACCAUCCCUGGAUGAAGAAAGAGAUGGAUAGACCGACACGACCCACGACUCUUCCUAUCACCCCUGUGUCAACACCAGCACCUCCCAUCACGCCUACACCCAUCACGCCGGGUUCCAUCAUGGCGCCCUCGGAGAUCACAUCACCAACCAUGGACAUUGGUCUUCCGCCCUUCCAUCCCAACACCCCAAUCAAGCAAGCACCUCCUUUCCCAGAUCCCAGCUCGACCGUCACCUCACCUGUCACCUUCAUGCCCCCUGUGGCCCCAUCAUCUCUACAGCGUCAGGAGUCCAGGACAGCAUCAAGACCUAACCUUGACCGCCUCAGGAGUAUGUCUAAGUCACGAGAGGUGUUGUCAGAGAGAAUCCAGAUGUCCAACUUGAAGAAAACAAUAUCUAAAUCCCGAGAAAGACUUUUCGAUGCAAAACUUGGACUUUCAAAAUCCCAUGAGAGGUUGAUGGGUCUUCGGUCAUUCUCACAGUCCGUAGAAGCUCUCUCAGCUCUCUCACAACUCAGUCAAGUUAACUCAAGAUAUCAGAGCUGCAAUAAUAUCUUCGUCCCGAUGCUCACCCCCAGUGAUGACAAGGACAAUGACAUAACUUGCAGAAUGUACAAAAGUUUAGCUGCCAUUGACCAGAUUGAUGGAAUCGAUUACUCACGCAAACUUGGCUAUUUCGAAUCAAGAUUCUCCAAGGACGACGAGGAUUACAAUGAUCUCGUCACUAGACACAACACCAACAUGAACAGCGUCAUAACCUCACAGGACGCCCCAAAGACUGGAAGGUGUGGAGACAUGGCAAAUGAGGCACGUCUUAGAGGUGGUGGUCGAGGUGGUCGGGGUGGCGACAUCUGUGACAAGCGCUGUCCACGUCACAAUCACAGACAAUCUGAGGCACAGCUAACUCAGAAAAUCCCUAAAGUUAACAGAGCAGAACGUAUGAAGCGAGAAGCACAAAGACGGCGCAAAGAGAGAAAAGAGAGAGAGAAAGAAGAGAGAGAGAAACAGAAAGGGAACUUGGUCAGUGAUCCAGAAGUUGUGUCGAGAACAACCAACAGAACAACACAGGAGAAAACCACUGAAGGUGCGUCGUCUCCAAGUGGCCGUCGACGAUCAGUAUCACACGUUGAGCAACGCCUGGCUGAGCGACACGAACGCCAGCAAGAGCGACUGGAGAAACAGGAGAAAGGAGAGAGAAGAAACAGUCUGAGUAACAGAAGACGUAGUUCCGUAGACCUUGACAGAAGUCCAGUUAGUGAGAGGUUAAGACUUGGUAAGAACAAUAACAGUGCGGGCUCGUCGCUAGAGAGACCUCGUAGUACAACACCAACUGGGAAGCACAAAACUAAGAAACAUUCCAGUGGAGGAAGUGACGUCUCCCAGGCGUCCUCCCUGGAAAGCGUCGACGGAAACCUGGAUAGUCCACGAACCCCCACCAGGCCCAAGAGGCCCACCUCACUAGACCUCCCCGAAAUCAAGAUCUUUACCGAUAACACGAAGGCAGUACCUCCCAGUGGUGACGUCAACGACAACAUUGUUAAACAGGAGACUCGUGGAGACAUCGAUGAGGCGUAUGUGUCGCUAGACGAUACAAGCAUAUACAACAGAAGCCGAAUUAUGGAGAGUAAUGUGUCAAGUGAGUCAGGCAGCACCAUAACUGAGUCAAAACAAGAACAACAAACACAGGUAAUCUCUGAGCCAACUGUAGAUAAGAAAGAUGAGGAUGAGUCUGAGAACAGAAAUUUACAGACUGCAUCAGAACAAGGCCUCGGAGGCUCCGGGGAUCUAACCAUCAUAGACGAAGAGGACGAUGGUCACGGCAAGAGAAAGUGUUUACCUUCAUACGUAAGAUCCAUCUCUGCCAACAGUGACAUUGGCAGUAUGGUGAGUGAAGGCAGCGAGGGUUCCUUAGACCGGGAUAACUGUGGUUCUUGCAGUCCGAGCACAGACACAGACUUGUCGCCAGAGUGGAAAGGUCGCGGCCGAUCUAUGAGCAUUCAGUCUGGUGGGUCAACAGGGUCCUUACAGCACAAGGGGAGGUCUAGGUCGAACUCCGUCCACCUCGAGCCCACAGGCAACAACCGAGCCAGACCGUGGGGAGGGGUGUGUGACGGGGCAGUGGCCAGAGCCUUAGGGAAGUUCAACAUCAGAAGUGACGACAAGACUCCGGUGGGUAAACCUAUCCCUUGUAGACGUAUGUCAACCCCACCGUUGUCCCCGUCAGCCGAGGAUGACUCUGCCUUCCUCGAGUAACACACAUCCCUUCUUCAUCAUUAAUUAUUCCCUUCAACACCUUCACUUCUUUCCCACUUUCUCCAGGAACUCACUAGUCCCUCAAGUGCCCACCAAAUAUUAAGAAAACGAUGUUGUAUAACCUUGUUCAUAAACGUUGAUAAGAAUGUUGUCCUGUGCGAUGGUGCUGGGUAACUGUAAAUAAAUAGAGAUAAAAGUAUAUUUUUCAAAUCCAGUAGUGAUCCCAAGGCAUUAACUUGAUCAGCACAGUACACGUCAUCUAGACAGAAAUAUUCUUUUUCUUCAUCUUCUGCAUUACCAAAGCUAAUAAAUCUUGAUUGUGUUUUGCAUCUUUUGUCGGGGCCAAUGUGCUAGUCAACCGCUUGCCUCAGUCAUCAUGAUGAAGCUGGGUUAUCAAGGCCAGUUUCACUUAAAGGUUAUCUUUCUUCAGUUCUUCACCGUCAGCCUUACCAGAGCGUCAAGGCUGUACGAGGCUGACACCUUCCCCAGGCUUCUGUGGCUCACCACCACACAAGUUGCGGCCAGUGCUGACGCCAGCAACCCGCAGCUGUGACCUCAAAGUACUACAAAAAUUUUAUUUGUCUUACUUUGGCGGUGACGACCCGUUAUGUAUUUGUGAGACACUCUUGGUGGAAAUCAACCUAAUAUAAUACUUCUUUGUAUCAUUAAUUCAAAACUUUUCCUCAAUUUAGAUCUUAAAAAAUUAAAAGGGGAAUGCAGUGGCAACUGAGUCAAUAAAUAUGAGUAACUUUUAAUGACUUUUAGUGUCAAGAAUCAGUUCGAAACUUUAGCUUGCAACGUAGCAUUUAACUAAUGAGGCUUUUUGAUCUACAUGUUAACUCAAGUGUCUGUGUUUUUUAUCAUGUUGUUCGUGGCAGAGGUACAGCUGACGCGGUGCUUGUCAUAAAACGGGUAUUAUUAUUCUCAACUACCAUACAGGUGCUAUGCCCAUCCCCCACUUCCCUCCGUAAGGACCCACCAGACCCAGAACUGACCCACCAGACCCAGAACUGACCCACCAGACCCAGAACCAACCCACCUGACUGACUUUCCAAGGCGCAAAACGACGUGACCCCAGGCCCCUCAUGACGUGAGCUUCCAGGGGCCUGACAUGACCUGAGUUCUCAAGGCCCUACACAGCCCAAGUCUUCCCCAAAAGAUCAUCCUUGUGUGGCCCGACACACACACAUCGCACUCUCUCUCUCUCUCCUGCCACAGUGAGAUCUGUUCACUACCACACCCUGCAACCAGAAGAGAAGACCUGAGGCCUUACAUAAGCCUCUGGUUGGCUGAGACUCCUGAUAAUGCUCUCAAGGUUCACCAAUUAACUUCGAAAUCACCGUUCAAAACACCCUGAAGAGCGUACGGGCAAGAAGGGUAUGAAAGACCAUCUGAUGACUCGCCAGACAAUCACUGUGUUGCGUAGUAUGGAACAACCACCACAAGCCAACCAGAGUCUCAGGCCAGCAACUAGAGGUGUCCUCGUCGACACAAAAGGAGAAGACAGUGUAAUAAUAAUGUGGACAGAUGUGGCCAAGGGAGGGACUCUCUGAAGCUGUGUUAAGCCCUUAUUGGACGUGUUAUUGUUAAGAAUGACACUGCUUGUUUAAGCUUAGAUUUGUGAAUGUUAAAAGUAUCAAGUCAGAUGUCAUAAAUAUGUUAGAAAUUUGAUAAGAAUUUUGAAAUUAUUAGUUAUAUAUGAUAAGAAAUUUAAAUUAUCAGAUUAUUGUGUUAAAGCAGAUAAAAGUAUUAAUUAAAUAUGUUAAAGUUGUUAGAAUUAUCACCUUAAUGUGACGAGUUAAAAUCAUCAAUUUGAUAUGACAGUAAAGUUAAAAUCAUCAAAUUAACUAUGACACGACAGUUAUAAUCAUCAAUGAAUUAGAACUCACAGGUAAAUGAGUCACACAGGUGAUUAUAGCGAGGCGGAGACAAUUAAGACUUCCACCAGGUAAUUUUCCCUCCAGGUUACUUGACGUGUGACGGGCGCACUCCACAUGUUGCCAAGUGCAGUAGCUUAUUGUAACUCUACACCAGGUAUAUCGAACCAAUAAAUCUUUAUGAUGA